AUGUUGACUUAUCUAGGCAUCGGUUCCUACAUCGGCCGCCGAUUGAGCCAAAAUCGUCAGGGACACAUGCUCGGACACAUCAAAGACCUUGCUGAAGGCAAAGAAGUCAACGGGGAAGGCAGAAUCUACCGUACGCAGAAAGCUCAGACGUAUCACACGGAUGAAAGCGACAUCGUGGGUCUGCUUUGCCUUCACCAAGCGAUGGAAGGCGGAGAGUCACAGGUGGUCUCCAGCCACAGCAUCUACAACACUCUCAGACGAGAAAGACCAGAUGUGCUACGCCAAUUAUGCCUGCCACACUGGUUCUAUGAUAGAAAGGGGGAGACGAGCGAGGGAGAAAAGGGGUGGAUGCGUACUCCGGGCUAUUACUAUUACAAGGAGAAGCUCAGCAUGAAGUGGGACUCUUACUAUGUCGGAGCGCUACAACGCUUCUGGGAUGCUGGGCUUCUUCCACAGUACACAGAUGCCCAGCGUGAGGCGAUCCAGGUGAUGGAGGAGAUGUGCCGCCGACUAUCGUUGGAAAUGACGCUGCAGCAGGGCGAUAUCCAAUUUGUCGCCAACACUCAUAACCUUCAUGCGCGAUCUGCGUACAAGGAUGAUAACGAUGUCACGAAGAAACGCUGGUUACAGAGACUUUGGCUUGCUACCUCAGAAGAGGAGGGCGGAUGGCCAUUGCCGUUUGCUGAUAGUCGGUAUGCUAAAAGAGGGGGUGUUCAAGUUAACGAUACUCCUGAGUCGUAUCCAACAGAGGCUGAGUAG